UCACUUAGUUUGGAGUCUAGCUCUGUUGUGAUUAUCCCACGCUGUGAUACGACAGCGAAAAACUUUGUAGAUUUUGUUGAUGCCAGGUGCUCCCGAACCACCUAGGGUUUCAAGACGAGCACAGGCGAGGAAGAGAGGAAUAUUCGUAUGUUUUGAAGUCGUUACACUUUGGGAAUUGUACAAAGUAAAUGAUCUAGCACCGUUCAGUAAUUCACAGAUCUAUCCGAAGUAUUCAGAGCAACAUUUUGAUGUUUAUAAAACUUGAAGGGAACCGCAUUUAUAGCGGAAAAACAGCUUUUGAAAUCACUAACAUCGUUAUUGAAAGUGGGUCCCAAAUUGUCCAGCUCACUUCAAAGGCCCCCUUGAAAUAAUCCGAUUGUCCAGAAACGAGACCAUCGAAACUGCUAGAAAGUAAAAACAUAUGAUUUUUCGCCAAAAACACCUGAAUUCCUGAAGAUUACUCUGUGAUAAAUCUUUGACUACAUAAAUAAUAGUUAUUGCUGUUGUUCUUGAUCUUAAAUUUUUCCCAAGCCGACGUUUUCUGUACCUUUGAGUGUUUUACUUUUGAAACCCGGGGGAAUCCCUCGAUGUAGAUGCGCAGUAAGUAUGCGCACUGACAAUAGUAGGCACCAUCCUUAAGGUUGUCUAGGCAAGCGUACCCCUUAUUCACUACGCUGUUUGGCUACUUGCUAGUUGGUCCUCCCCUUUACAAAUUAGCACUCACGUGACAAGUAACAAAACGUGAUCUAGUCACGUGAUUUUACUCGCGUAACUAAGGGUAUUGAUAGGAACCAGUUGUUGAUAGUCGAUAUAGUAGCUGUUUUUGAAAACUGAAUGAGCUUUUCGACGAUCCAAACUCGUGCAAACCCUUUUGGCAUCAUCGUGUACAGUUAACUGAGCAAAAAAUCUUUGACAACUAAGAAAUCGUUUUAGUGGGAUAAAGUCCGAUUAAGGGAAGAUUCGUCAGAACAAAGAAAAUUUUCUUAUCAAUAAAAAUCUUUCAAGUGGAUAUCAGUGUGCCCUCGCCCCAACAGAAAACGCUCAACUGAAGUGGCACUUCAUGAUCAUUUCCUAUAGUAAAACUGAAGUCAUUUGGCUGGUUGGUCAGGGUGUGCAAGUGGCCAUUCAAAAAGUUCAAAGCUCCUAGUUCAAAUGGCGUCUAACGAUUCGUUCAAGCCUUACAGCACAGAAAACGUGGAUCGUAUUUUGGCACCAAUCUAUGUUGGUGUGAUUAUAUUCGGUGUAUCUGGAAAUGCAUUCGUUAUGGCUGUCAUCAAGAACACUCGUUCAAUGCACACGACCACGAAUUUUCUUCUGUUGAAUCUCGCCGUUGCAGAUUUCCUGACAUUGCUCUGGUGCUUACCUUACAAGGUUUUGAUAUUUGUUUUCGACCAUCCCCAUGGAGUGGCAGGCGACUACCUGUGCAAGUUUUUCACAUCGUAUAACGUAACGGUCAUCACGUUAACGGUUUCGAUCUUCACGCUCACGGUCUUAUCUGUUGAGCGCUACAGAGCCUUGCUCAAACCGAUGCAUCACCAUUUGCGUUUGGAAUUAGAUACAGUAUGUUACGCUAUUGCGGCUAUUUGGAUUUGCGCCACCGGCUUCAUGAUACCACUAUUCGUAGUCACCCAAUACGUCCCCGAGGCGCAGACUUGUAGGGUCAACUGGCUGAGCAAAAAACAAGAGGAUCUGUAUAGCAUGUGCAUAAUGGUGUUCAGUAUCUUUGCCCCGAUUACCGUUACUGUUAUCUGCUAUUUAAAGAUCAUCAAAGGACUGUACUUCAGUAACACUAUCUGUUCUGCCCCUGCUGGACCGCAACAAGGAACCGACUUACAAGAGAAGCGCAAAAUCGUCAAGAUCUUACUCCUAGUGACCUCCGCUUUUAUUCUAUGUUUCUUGCCAUAUGCAUCAUUUCGAAUUGUCGUGGCAUUGGCUGACGAGACGAAUUAUGAACAAUACAAUCGAUUACAGGAACUUCGUGAAAUCUUCAAAUUUUUAUCUUACACAUCUUCCAGCUUCAAUCCUGUAAUCUAUACAAUACAAAGCUCAAACUAUCGCGCCGCCUUGAAAAGACUUUUUAUCAAGUCUUGUUAUUGUGGAUCAAAUAAUAAUAAUAUGAGCAACUCAAUAGAAUCGAUAACCGGGGAACUCCAUACCGUCCCACGACAGUUCUCGACAAACCUGCCCGAUAAUUUAAACGCCAAUAAAACAGGUUGAGCUUGGAAAUCAAAAACGUAAAGCAUACUUUGUCGUAUAUCAGACAAUUUAUUAAAGUUAAUCGUGGAUAUUGUUUAUUAGGAUUGGGCGAUUUAAUUCGUGUGCUUGUGAUUUUCUCGUAGUACUAUCAUUUGCUAAGGAAAAGAGAUUUUGAACAGGUGAAUACUAUAUCGAUUGUAAUUAGACUCGAAUAUGUAUAAAAAUGAAAAAAGGUUUGUGACUCAUAUGUUAUAUUUCUUUACGGAAUUAAAGAUCUAGGAGAUAAGAAAAGAGGAAGUAUAUAGGAAGCCGAAUUAAAUAAGUUGUUUAUUAAGCUCUUUUUAAACUCAAUAAUUUUGAAAAACGAUCAUCUCGA